AUGGCCCUCAACACUCUCGUCGACAGAUACGGUCGCUACACCGUCGACAUCGCCUCCACCGCCUCCUCCUUCGGCUUCGCCGCUGCCAAAGCAGGCACAAGGCUCGGCUUUGGCAUCACCCGCGAAAUAGCCUCAGGUGCAGCAGGCCUCACCGGCUCCGUCCUCGACUACGCCCUCUUCGGCGGUCGCGCCAACACAGGCGCCACCUUCUCCUCCACCAUCGCCUCCGCCAUCUCCGCCAUCGAACAGCUCACCCUCCUCCCCAUCCUCCUCGGCGAAUCUCUCACUUCUGCAUCCAUCGUCGCGGCUUAUGGCUCCAUCAACGCACUCGCUGCUAUAUUCCCAGGCUCCGACGAGGCUUCGUUCUCACUCGCUUCGUUCAUUACGCUCGUGAGGAAGGAGUGGAACGAUCCCGUGCUAGGGGAACAUCUGCCCGAGGAGAGGUAUGGCGUUGGUGAGGUCGCCCAGGCCUUGGUGGCGUGGGGCGCAUUGCAGGGCGUCACGCAUGAUUGGCAGGUGGCCAAGUGGAUGAAGGCGCUGAAGGAGGUCCCGUUCCAUGAUGAGUCCGAGGAGGGAGGGCAGCACGCGGAAAGGGAGGCGAGAAAGAGGACGGAGAGUAAAGUCAGCGUCAUGAGCGACGUUACCUCCGGCUUUGGAGGCCAUCAGACACAGAUCAUCACCGCCGACAUCACAGAGGUCGACGAGCUGCAGCCCACCGCCAAGCCCCUCCUCAAUUUGAAGCCAUUCCCGUCGUUACCGCCACAGAGCCGCACUGGAGGCAAACCGCUCCGUGUGUCCAAUAAGGACCUCAAACAUACCCUCCGCCGUCUCUCGAAAAUGGUCCUCGCAGGCUACGGAGGCGCCUCCCUCCUCUUCUUCGGCGUCUCUCCCGUGCCCAACGCGAACCCCUCCUCCGCACCCACCGACGCCACACACCACCCAGCCGAAGCAGCGACGCUCACACAGGCCGUUGAUGCGUCUGAAGUCGAGGCCUCGAAACUCGACGGUGAGGCUUCCAUGCCGAGUCCGAGUCCGAGUCCGAGUCCGAGUCCGGCUGGGAUAUCUGCACCGCAGGCUGGUGCGGGGUAUUCGUGGUGGAACGUCUUGUUGGGACGACAUGACCGUGAGAUCUUCAUGGGUUACGCUACCACCGGUCAUCCCUCCCCCUCCUCCCCUUCCUCCUCCUCCUCCUCCUCUUCCUCUCCUUCUUCAUCUUCUUCUUCGCCUGCUGCUGCUGGUGCUGGUGGUGCUGCUGCCGACGGCGCUCGACCGAUGUCAGCGGUCAUAGGCGACGAACAUCGCAUGCCCCGCUUUUGGGUCCUCACCGAUCACGCGCGGAGACAGAUCGUGCUUGUGUUUAGGGGGACGAUGUCGUUGAAUGAGUUGGCGGUGGAUUUGACGUGUGAGCCGGAGGAGUUUGAGCCGGCGAGGGAGGAGGGGGAGGGGAGGGGGUUUAGUGCUGGUGCUGGGAGUGGUGGGUAUGGGUAUGGAUCGCGGGCGUAUCAGCAGAAGGAUAGGACGCAGCAGGGAGCGGGAGAGGAGACGGAAGUGGGGGAGGGGGAGGAAACAGAGACGGAAGGGGGAGAGACGGAGACGGAGGAGGAUUAUAUGACGGCGAGAGCGGAGAGCGAUGGGGAAGGCAUGCCCGGUCUAUUCCCCUUCCCCUCCGUCCACGUCUCCGCGUCCUCUCCCACCUCCACCUCCACCUCCCCCACCAGCUCUCGCCGCCAACCCUCAGUAACACACUCCCGCCAACCCUCAGUAACACACUCCCGCCCACCCUCCGUAAUCAACUCCCGAAUGCGCACCGGCUCUUUCGUCAGUCUCGCCAGUUUCACGACAUAUACGGAUGGUGAGAAUGUGAGGCCGAGGUAUCAGGUGCAUGGGGGGAUGUUGAGGAUGGCGAGGGCGAUGGGAGGGAAGGGAAAGCCGGUGCAUGUGGCGGUUAGGGAGGCGUUGAGGCGGAAUUUGGGGUUUGAGCUGGUGAUGUGCGGACAUAGUCUCGGCUCGGGCGUCGCUGCGUUAUUAGCCAUGUCCUGGGCGGAUCCGACGACGUGUCUGACCGUCAAAGCGAGCGGUCUGCCCGUCGGGAGACGCGUUUCGGUGUUUUGCUUUGGGCCUAGAUGCCUAACAGACCCCCGCCUCUCCGCGCUCGCCUCCAACCUCGUCACCUCCUUCGUCUACUCCCACGACGUCGUCUCCCGUCUCUCACUCGGUUCCAUACGGGACAUAACACGCGCCGCCGCCUGGCUCUGCAACGCGAACAACGCGUCCACAUCUAGCCUCAACAACGCCAACCCCUCAUCCCCUUCCCCAUCCAAUGCCAAUGCCAAUACCAAUGUGCACCCAAACUCAGACUCAGACUCGGAAGACCCAAGCACAAUGAAUAGGAACGCAGGAUAUACCUCGAUCACCCGCGCCGCACUGCGGUGGAACACGGGCUUUGGGAGUCCGGAGGAUCCGGGGUGGUUCUUGAGUAUUAGGAAGACGUUGGAGGCGAAUAUGAUGUGUGGGGAGAUGUAUCCGCCUGGGAGGGUGUUGUGGGCGGUUAGGGAUGGGGAUUUGAGGGGGAUGGGGGCGGUGGCGGGGAUGGGGAUGGGGGUGGGUGAACAAGAUAAGGGGGUAGGAAGAGGAGGGGCAGGGAAAGGGAAGGGUGGGAAGGGGAAGGAUAGGUUGAGGUUGUUUGAGGUGUUGGAUGUGGAGAAGGUGUUUUCGCAGAUCGUGUUUGCGAGGGAUAUGUUGAGCUCGCAUUUGCCGCACCAGUAUGAUCGGGUCUUGGAGGAAUUGCUCUAGACUCUAGGCUCUAGCAAUUGCAAAGGCCUUCCUAGCUGGUAUGAUUGAUGAUUUAAUGAGUUAAUGAUUAAUGAGUACUUUAUUAUUCGCUGUUCUGUCCGUCCUGCAUUCCCCAUAAUUAUACGCACGGCUCCAUCCAUCCAUCCAUGCACGCACGCACAUUUCUCGUCCUCUCACUCACACACUUGCAGCCCCCUCGUCUCGUCAUUGUAUCAUUCGCCUAGGACUCUCUACUCUCGCCCUAUCGUGGUGGACCCGUUGUACUUUUGCCCGUUGCCCGUUGCCUAUUGACCCUUGCCUCGACAUAGAUGAUAGAUAUGGAUAUAGACCGAGACCGAAACCGACUGCUUCGUUGUUGACUUUUACCUGUACAUUCCUUUCUUUUCAUUGAUCAUGCACUUGCGCUAGUACUGUUUUAUUGGGGUUUCUCGUUGACCAUCUGACCGUCCAUCGUCGGAGCAGACCAGCUUCGUAUUCUCGUUUCAUGGGUGUUUGUUACGUUGUCGAGGGAUUAUCAUACCAUACCAUACCU